AUGAAUAACCAACAAGCGUUAGUGGAUCAAAUAGUAGAAAAUUUAGCAUUUGUGAUAGAAGCUGUGCCUAAAAAUAAGUUGAACCGAUCUACCAGUUUCUCACAGAGUACACCGCUUAAUGUGAAAAUAAAAGUUAGGAAAAAAGAGGAAUUACUGUAUCAAUAUGCACAAAAUAUUUCAACAUUACCUGAUGGCACUGAAACUAAUACUCAGAGAGUACGAUUGGUCAGUAGUGAUCAUACUAUUAUGAAUUUCGACGUGUUCAUGAAAGAUGAACUUGAAAAGAAACCACCACGGAAGUUUCAUAAACAAGUUUUUGAUAAGCUAAGACCAGGAAUAUGUUUAGGAGCGGACGAUGAUGAAUACAUUUACAUGCCCAGUUCGUCAUAUAGUGCCAAUGUAACUGCACCUGCUGUAGACACUAAAUCAGACGGAACUUUGAAGCAAACAUUUACUCUUUCUAAAAACAAGUAUCCAAAUUUUACAGUCUCAGAUGAGCCAGUGAAGAAGUGGCCUUUUGGCAAGUGUAAACCAGGGGGAUGCUUAGAUCCACCAUUUAGUGAAGAUAAAUAUGCGUACAAACCUAGUACGAGAUCGGGACCUGAAAGUAUUGAUAAGGAAUCGAGCAUUUCGAAACUAGAAGGAAAAAAUGCAGAUGUUGUUGAACGUGAUGUACCCAGGGGGUGCUUAGAUCCACCUUUUAGUGAAGAUAAAUAUGCUUACAAACCCAGUACGAGAUCGGGACCUGAAAGAUAUGAUACGGAACCGAACAAUUCAGACGAUGUUAAAAGUGACGUAUCCAGGGAUCAAAGUCCCACCAAAGUACGCUAUGAAGAUGCCAGGACUGAAAGCAAACGCAGUUCCUUUUUUGAAAGUGGGUUCUUCAAAAAGAAACGAAGAUUUAGUGACAAAUCUACAAGCACUUUGGAAAAAUUCGAUUCAACUUCAAAGCUUAACCCUGUGGAGUCACCUAAAAAUUCUGUAAGCGAUGAUGGUUCUGAAUCCAUAAUUACGUACCCACCAAAAAUAUCAAGCGAUUUGGGGAUCAGCGAUAAUAAAACGAACAGGAGCAAGGGUCCUUCUGAAGACAGAUCUAGAAAAUCAUUCAACGAUUUUCAUUCGGAGCCUUACUUUAUUCCACCUAAAGGAAUACAUCGGAUAAAAGAAAAAGAGACUUUGAAUCAAAAUGAUUCACCGAAACAUAGGCCUUCCGAGGUUUCGGAAUCAAAGAGGAAAGAAUCCACUAAAACGCCUAUUUUUAUUCCCAUACCCGUUCCUAUUCCUUUAAGACCUGACAAGGUGGAACCUGAAGAUGAUACCAAAAAAUAUGAUACAUUACCAACGCAGGAUGAAAACUUAGUAGACAAAAUUAUAAUGCCAGACAAAGAAUUAAAACAAAUAUCUAAUUUAAGACCGGAAUCUAUUACGGCCAAAAAUGAAGACACCGCCAAUGUUCAACAACCUGAUAUUUCUCUUAGUGAUAGUAAUUCAGUUGAUAGCAAACGAAAGCCAGAUGAAAAAACAGAUAAGGUAACUAAUUUGAUAAAAGAAAAAGAAGCAUUGAAUAAAACAGAUUCGCCAAAACGUAGAUCUUCCGAUGUUUCGAAUACGCAAGGUUCAGAUGAAAACGCAGUAGACAAAAUUGUAACUCCAGACAAAUCUGUUACAACGGACAAUGAAGACCUUGCCAAUGUUCAACAACAACCUGAUAUGUCUCCGAGUGAUAGUUAUAAAAGUAACACAAAAACUCAACCAGCUGAAAAAAAAGAUAGAAAAAACAGCAUAGACAGAAAUACAAAAGCAGGCUCAUUUAUUACGCCAAUCCCAGUCCCAGUCCCAGUAAAAGUUGAAUCAAAUACAUCAAAUACAGAUUCCACAUUGACAGAAAAUAACUCAAGUAAAAGUUCACUACCGCUUAUUACUAAUAGUGAUGAAAAAGUAAGUCCAAUUCCAAAAAAGAAUCUUCGUACUACCACCGAUUCUGUUGACCAAGAAAAGAGUCAAAGUAAGACUACAUUAUCUGAAGUACCAACCAUAAAAGCAGAUUUGAAAUCUGAUGAUGUUGGUUCUCGUGAUUUUAAAACUGAUGAUAACAUUUCAACUGUUCCUAAAACUGAUGAUAACAUUUCAACAGUUCCUCAAACUGAUGAUAACAUUUCAACAGUUCCUAAAACUGAUGAUAAUAUUUCAACAGUCCCUCAAACUGAUGAUAACAUUUCAACAGUUCCUAAAACUGAAGAUAACAUUUCAACAGUUCCUAAAACUGAUGAUAAUAUUUCAACAGUUCCUCAAACUGAUGAUAACAUUUCCUUAAAGAAAAAAGAGGAGGAUUCAUCCUCUCCCUCUUUAAAGGAAGAGGACGACAUUUCGCCCAUGCCUUCUAUAAAAGAGGAGGGUGAUAUUAAACAAUCAUAUGAAGAUCCUAAUACCAUGUCUUCAACACCAAAAGAGGUAGUAAAUGAAAAUACUGGUUCUGAUAAAGACUUUCAAGAAGAAAUAAAAGUUGACAUAAGUAACAACGAAGAUCAAAAAGAAAAACCUAUACUCGCUAAAACAGAAGAUAUGACCACCAUACCAAAAGAAAUACCACGCUCACCCUUGAUUGAAAUUCCGAAAUCUCCACGAAACGAUGAAAGUGCAAGUUACAUUACAGCUCCGAUUCUUAUUGAAAAAACGGAACCAUCAAAUAAUUUUGGACAAAAUAAAAGAGUUGUCAGUGAAACUAGCAUACUAAUUAAACCAAUUGCCGAUGGAAAAGAUCAAACUAAGGGCAUUGAUAAUGAUAAGAAAGCAAUACCUUUUGUAACUAAAGACAAUAAUGAUGAGAAAGUUGGAUCGAAAUCAGACGUAUACUCUUUGGAAAAGAUUUCUUCAGCAACGUCAGGACAAAAAAUUGAAAAAGUACCUUCCUUUGACAAACAUGAAUACAUAGGUAAAGACUUGGAUAGUGUAGAAAUUAUUCAAAAACCCUUAAAAACUUCUGAGGACGCAGGGUUAGACUCUUCUAAUGCAUCAACAAGCACAUUAAAAAGCGUUCUAAAAAAAGACGUCAUGUCUGUGGAAUUGGGUUUUCAUAGCUUUUUGAAUGACCAAAAUAUGAGAGUUCUGCGAACAUUCGAUACGGCUGCUGCACCAACUCGUUAUCCUAAUGAUUCGGUGACAGUAAUAAGGUCUCAAAUAAGAGUAUCUUCAAAAGAAAUUAGGAUCCCUAUAGAUUCGGAUCAUGAUUUUUCGAUACAGAUCAAGAAAGCAAAUACCAAUCAACGUGUUUCUAUAAGCGACUCUGGAUUCAUAACUGUGGACAGCGAUGGGUCAACAAAACAAAGACCGCCUACACAAAGUCAUGAAGGAGGUGUGGAUUCACAAGAGCAACAACAGAAUAUACAGAGUGAUGUUCCAGACAAAAGGGUUAUAGAUUUAUACGAACGAGAGUUAAUGCCUUUGCAAAUAAUAAUAAAAGAAUUAAGAGAUGAGAUCGAUGUGCUGGCGGCCCAACAAACCUCAUUCAAAGAUAAUAUGUUUUGCCCAAACAAACCUAAAUUGCCUCGUUUGGAACACUCACAUAAAAAAUGUAUUGGGUGUGUGAAAAAAUAAAGGAAUCUGCUUGAAUCAAGAUGUAUAUUAUAUGAUGUAUUACAAAUACAAAAAUCAUUAAAAAACAAUUCAUUCUCGCCUUUUGUU